CACAAACAGAAGGAAACAGAAAACCUGCUGUUUUAUUUAAAAAAGAAAAAAAAAGUGCAGAUCAUCAAUCAAUGUGAAUGGCAUUACCAAAGGAUUCGUUUGAACGGAUUAAGUGGCUUAUCAGAGCUGCCUGGUGGCUGCUGAUUAUUUUUUCAGCACAAGAAAUUGAUGGGGGAGGAUACGCAUAUAUUGACCCAUGUGGGGGACAGGAUUGUUCAGUUUGUCGGUGCUUUCCAGAAAAAGGAUCAAGAGGUCAGCCUGGUGAGUUGGGAGCUCAAGGUCCAAUUGGAUCCUUGGGAUCUACAGGACCAGCCGGUCUGCCAGGGGAAAAAGGACAGAGAGGUGAGAAUGGGCAGCCUGGGCCAGCUGGAGAAAAAGGUGAUAAGGGCCCAACUGGAGUUCCAGGAUUUCCUGGUCUAGAUGGUGUUCCUGGAUUACCAGGAAGUGAAGGACCCAGGGGCAAACGUGGUGUAGAUGGCUGCAAUGGCUCAAGAGGAGACCCAGGAUUUCCAGGCGAAAAUGGAUAUAUUGGACCUAGAGGUCCUUAUGGAAAUCCAGGGCAAAAAGGAGAAAAAGGAAAUUCAGUGUUUGUUUCACAUUUUGGAAAAGGACCCCCAGGAGAGAGGGGUGAUCCUGGACCCCCUGGCAUUCCUGGUUCUAGAGGGUCAAGAGGUCCAGCAGGCCCACCUGGAUACCCAGGCCAACCAGGCUUGCCCGGUAUUCCAGGUUACCCUGGUUUGCCAGGUGAACAGGGAAAUCCAGGUAUUGGGGUAGAUGGACAAAAGGGGGAGCCGGGUGAUGUUGGACUUCCUGGACCACCUGGGUCGCCAUUGUUAGUUGGACCUCCUGGAGCUCAGCUGUUUAAAGGAGAAAAGGGCCAAAAAGGACUACCCGGAAUAACAGGAUACAGAGGACCACGUGGACCCAAAGGUACACUUGGGAGAGGAGAAAAGGGUGAAAAAGGCAUUGCUGGAUUCCCUGGAUUGCGGGGUAGUCCUGGUUCUUAUGGACCUGCAGGCUUUCCUGGAAUAAAGGGAGAAACAGGAGCUGCUGGUUUUCCUGGACAACCUGGCUAUCCAGGCAUAAAGGGGGAUCCUGGAGAAAAAGGGCCCCCAGGUCCUCCUGGAGCUGUUGGAACUCCAUUGCUUCCCGUGAAAGGUCCACAAGGAGAUCCUGGAUUUCCAGGUCCUGCUGGCGAUGUGGGGUCAAUUGGGCCAUCUGGUCCUGCAGGCCCACUGGGGAGACCAGGAGGUGAUGGAGCAAGUCUGCCUGGCCUGCCAGGACUGAGUGGGGCACCAGGACCUCAAGGUUUUCAUGGUGAUCCUGGUUUGCCAGGAACAGGUGAACCACUUCCAGGAAGACCUGGAUAUCCUGGACCGCCAGGACUACCGGGACAGCCAGGAAGGCAAGGGUUACCUGGACUACCUAGUGUAAUUUGUACUGACAGAGGAAUCCCUGGGGAACCUGGAGCAAAAGGUCAGAUAGGCCUUCCAGGAAGAAAAGGUGAAAAAGGAGAAAAAGGAAACCAAGGCCUCUGCUCAUGUAGUGCUGGUCCUCCUGGUCCCCGUGGUAUACAAGGACCUCCGGGUACUCAAGGAAAGAAAGGACAAAUGGGUUACCCUGGAAGACAUGGAGAAAAGGGUGAUCCAGGCUUAUCUGGUGCAAUGGGAUCACCAGGGCUCCCUGGGACACCUGGGUCUGCUGGACAACAUGGUGAAAAAGGAGAAAAGGGUGACCUAGGACGAGUUAGAAUAAAAGGAAUAAAGGGUGAAAGAGGUCCUACUGGGGUUCCAGGAUUUCCAGGCCAAAGAGGUAAUGAUGGCAGAGAUGGGGAUUUAGGAUUGCCUGGGGAGAAAGGAGCUGAGGGUGAUUCUGGAAUACCAGUGCCAGGUGAUAAAGGACUCCCUGGAAUCCCAGGACUCCCUGGAGUAAAAGGACCAAUGGGACUGCCAGGUUUGGGGAUUCCUGGCCCUCCUGGAGUCAGAGGUACCCCUGGAGACUUUGGUGAUACUGGUAGUAUUGGGCCGCCUGCUAAGGGUCAGAAAGGUGAAACUGUCUGUAUUGUAUCACCAUCCCCUGGAAACCCAGGUCCCCCAGGUUUUAAAGGUGUUCAAGGACCAAAGGGUUUAAAAGGACUCCCUGGUCGUCCUGGACCAAAUGGCUGUGAUGGGCAAAAAGGCCAGCGAGGCAGACCAGGAGCAGUCCCUGGGCCAGAAGGCUUCCGAGGCAAAGCUGGUGAUCCUGGUGAGGAAGGUGAAAGAGGAUCCACCAUUAAUGGUAAAAAUGGUGCUCCAGGUCCACCUGGAAUAGAUGGUCAGAAAGGUGUUCCAGGUGAUACUACAUAUGGUCCUCCAGGAACCCCAGGCAAUAGGGGACUGCCAGGACCACCUGGUGCACAAGGAGCAAGGGGUGAUCCAGGCUUUCCUGGGCUUCAAGGGCAGCCUGGUACCCCAGGAUUUCCAGGUGCUAAAGGUUUUAGAGGCCCAGAAGGUGAUAUAGGAUCACCAGGCUGUCCAGGCUUCCCUGGUCCACCAUGUGACACGGUAUUACCAGGGCCACCAGGACUCAGAGGUGUCAUAGGCCUGCCCAGGCCCUCAAGAGUAAAACUGUUUUUUUCAGGCUUACCAGGCUUUAAAGGUCAGAAGGGAGAUAGGGGCCUAGCUGGGCCACCUGGAAUCAAAGGUCUCAAAGGCUCUCCUGGCUCACGGGGCCCCCCGGGUCCUCCAGGCUACCGAGGACUUCCAGGACUUCCAGGUAAUAACGGACCACCUGGCUUCCCAGGACAAACAGGAAGCAAAGGGAUUCAAGGACCCCAAGGAUUCCUAGGACUCCCAGGAACACAAGGCCCAAUGGGAAUCUCUGGUGUUAAAGGUGAAGAAGGAAAAAUGGGUCCACCUGGGCCUAGUGGAGAAUGUGGGGAUAUGGGAAUGAAAGGUGAAAGAGGACCUCCAGGAGACAGUGGCUCCAUUAACAUUCGGCUUGAGAAAGGACAAAAGGGAGAGCCAGGCUUUCCUGGUGAGAAUGGAUUUAGAGGUGAAAGAGGUGAAAAAGGCAAUAUUGGUUUCAGAGGUGCCCCAGGAUUUCCAGGGAAGAACGGUGUCCCAGGACUGCCAGGUGACCAUGGUGACACUGGACUGAUGGGGUUUCCAGGAUCACGGGGUUUCCAAGGACCAAAGGGCUUUAAAGGAAUUACAGGGUUCCAAGGACAACCAGGUGACCAGGGUGAUGUUGGCUUACCAGGAAUGCCUGGAAACCCAGGAUUGACUGGCCCAAAAGGAUCUAAAGGCAAGAGAGGUGACCCAACUCUUCUGCUUGGUAUACGUGGUCAAAAAGGGCCUCCCGGAGACCCAGGAUUAACAGGAUUCUGCGGGUUACCCGGAGAGAAGGGUUCACCAGGUAUCCAAGGACAACCUGGAAGACCAGGAUCCAAGGGCGAGUCUGGAUACCCAGGAAUACCUGGAUUUCCAGGAGCUCCAGGUCCUCCAGGAUUGCCAGGAGAACCUGGAGAAAAAGGGAAAGAAGGAAUUUUGGGACCUCCAGGAUUGCAAGGAUUAGCUGGAUCACAGGGCAGGAAAGGUCUUCCUGGACUGCCUGGACUGGAUGGCUUGGACGGACUAAGAGGUCAAAAAGGUUCUGCAGGAGCUCCAGGUCAAAGUGAAACAGGGCGCCCAGGAUACUCAGGAGAACUUGGACCGAAAGGUGACAGAGGUGAAACUGGAUGGCCUGGUGUUUCUAUUCCAGGCGCCCCUGGAGAAAGGGGAUUCCCAGGAUUCCCAGGUAUAAGAGGGCCUGUUGGACCUGCUGGACCUAUGGGAAGAUCUCCCAGUAGUGCCCCUCCUCUUCCAGGUGAUCAGGGACCACCUGGUUUAGAUGGCAUCAGAGGUCAGCCUGGGAAUCCUGGUCCUCCUGGAGAGACCAUCUUUGUGCAAGGAGAUCCAGGCGACAUUGGUAUUCAAGGGGCACCAGGUAUUUCUGGGCAGCGAGGGCAGCAAGGAGCCAGAGGUCCUCCAGGGAACCAAGGAAGAGAAGGCCCAAAGGGUAUGAUCAGAGAUGUUUUUAACUAGUCCUAUGGAAUCCACGGCCCACAGGGUCCACCUGGUGCUGUAGGACACCCAGGAGACCAAGGUUUCCAAGGGAAACCUGGUCCUAAAGGUCCCACAGGUUUCAUUGGUGACCCUGGUGAACCAGGAAGAGUAGAUGACUCAUGCCCUACAAUUCCAGGACCUCCCGGGGAAGUGGCAAGAGGAGAUGAUGGCUCUAUAGGAUUAUCAGGGCCAAUAGGUCACCCUGGACCCCAAGGAAGAAAAGGUGAAGAAGGGUCCUGUGGCCUGCCAGGUCAAGAUGGUUUACCUGGGGCACCUGGACCACCAGGUGACCAAGGGCAUGUAGGAGAACAAGGAUACACUGGACCACAAGGUCCACCUGGCCAGACUGGUAUCCCAGGACCACCAGGCCCCCAGGUUAGAUCUUCAAGUGGAUUCUUGCUUGUCCUUCACAGUCAGUCAGACAGAGAACCGCUCUGUCCACAGGGAAUGCCAAAGUUAUGGACGGGCUAUAGUCUGCUGUACCUGGAAGGACAAGAAAAAGCUCACAAUCAAGAUCUUGGUCUAGCAGGAUCUUGUCUUCCUGUAUUUAAUACUAUGCCCUUCGCUUACUGUAAUAUCAACCAAGUUUGUUACUAUGCCAGCCGAAAUGAUAAGUCUUACUGGUUGUCAAGUGCUGCUCCUUUACCAAUGACGCCACUCUCUGAAGAAGAAAUACAACCCUACAUAAGCAGAUGUGCUGUAUGUGAGGCCCCAGCCCAAGCAGUAGCAGUUCACAGCCAAGAUCAGUCAAUUCCUCCCUGCCCCAUGAACUGGAGAAGUCUUUGGAUAGGAUAUUCUUUUUUGAUGCACACUGGAUCUGGUGAUCAGGGUGGUGGACAGUCCCUUAUGUCACCUGGAAGUUGCUUAGAAGACUUCAGAUCAGCACCAUUCAUUGAAUGCCAGGGUCAGCGGGGAACUUGUCAGUUUUUUGCUAAUGAGUACAGUUUUUGGCUAACAACAGUGAUGCCUGAACUGCAGUUUGCAUCAGCCCCCUUGUCAGGAACUCUUAAAGAGGGACAAGAGCAGAGGAAAAAAAUCAGUAGAUGUCAAGUAUGCCUGAAGCAUGGUUAACAAGUGAAACAAAUUAACAGCUACAGCGAGACUGCAUAAGGAAAAGCAUGCUAAAAAGUUAAGUAGUAUUUAAUAUGUGAAUAUAUUUUUAAGCUGCAGAUCUGUUCUUUUUGCUUGAAUGGAUAUCUAAGAUAGAAAGAUGCAUCUAUUGAGUCUCAUCCACCCUGUGCACACAUCAGCAGAUAGUAAAAUCCAGUGUAAAGAACUUAAUUUAAAAAAAAAGGAAAAAAGCUGUAUUACACUGGAGUCCAGUACCAUAAUAUUCAGGUAACAAGGUGAACUCGGAAGGCUGAAUUAAGUCUGGAAUACCGAUGAGACGUACAUGAUUAUGCAAAACAGUGGAUUUUCUGUUAGAAUUGGCAUUUAGAACAGAAGGAGUAUAGGUAUUUAUAUGGCAUAGUAUAAAUAAUUAUCCCUUAAAAGAUGUAUAAAUACAGAUGUGCAAACACACAAAUGUCUUAAAGCCCUAUAGCUGAAUCUCCCAAGUUAAAGAAGCUUGCACAAGCUUUUUCUGAGGGAAGGGGAAAAAGUAAUUGUUAAAAUACAUUCUUAACGCAUAAUAAAAACAAUGAAGAUCAAAGUCUCACUGUUGCAGUAUUGAACAAAACUGUGAAAGAACUGUUAAUUGAGCUUUCAUAAGCAACAAAGUUGCAAAUCCGUUUGACAGCAGAUUAUGUAAGAAAAUAAAAUUAGCUGAGAUAAUGAAGCCUUAAAAAGCAAUAUUUAUAUUUGCGAUUAAUUUCUAAGAGCAGUCACAUUAAAUUAAGCUCCAAUCCAAGAAGCUGAAGAAAACAAAGCAGUUUCUAAUACUAAUUGAAAAGAAAUUUCAGUGUGAUGAUAAAAUGAGUGAACUCGUGUGAUGAAUAUAAGUUUUUGGACAGUUGUCUAAACCCAAAGAUAAUCAAUUUUUUGCCUUUUUUUUUUUGCUUUUUUUUUGGUAAAUAUACCACUGAAAAAACUUGUCACCUUUCAGAGUCUUAUGGAAUCAUAGCUCUAAAUGUUCUUUAUUAUUGAAAGCAGUGACUGUUAGAAAUUCUGUAAGUUAAAGCACUGAUCACCUUUUGAGAUAAAUAAAUUCCUCUAUACCUCCUUGAUUCAGCUAUAAAACCAGAAAAAUGUACAUUUAAAUUACAGUGAAACUACUGAAAACUCACUGAUUAAAGACUGAAAAUUCACUUGUGCAGAAGGGCCACAAAUGCUCCUGUUAUCAUUUAAACAAACCUUUUUAAACAAAAAAACUAGGAUGGAAUAAAAUGCUUUUCCAGUACUUUUCAUUUCACCGUGUUUAUUAAGAGAACACAAGCAGAGGGACUUUCAAACAGAUUAAGAUGCACAUCCUAAAGUCCUUAUUCCAGGAAAACUCUCUCUGAAGCCAUCACAAUCAGCUGAUCAGCCAGCUUCAACUUUGGAUACACAAACUCAGAAAGUGGGAAAAAACAGACAUUCCUGUCUCAGCCAGAUGAAAAUAAACCAGAGUAAUUCAAUUCAAGUGUAGACACAUCAGGCUGCAAUUCCUUUCCAACAAAUCCACCCAAACCUCGUUGAUCUGCUGUGCUGCUGUGGUGGUCAACUCUCCUGCUCUUUCACCUGGGAAAGGGUGAAGAGCCUUCUUGGGACACAUUCCUGUAUCCACCUGGCUAGGGAAACAUUGCCCUUUGGGGUCCUGGCUGCCCACUGGCACAGGGCACACCUCUCAGUUCACAGCUCAGUGAUCAUAGCUGCAUGCUCUUGCUUUCAAAUCUGGCAUGUCACUUUUAUUUUUGAGGGACCAAUCUGCAAAAGAAUUUGAUCCCCUCCUCCUUCAGACAGCAUUCCACAGACACAAGACCAGCUUUCUGGUUUAGAAGUGAAAACCAAGGCUGCGACUCUCCAAGGUGCUGAGAAACUUCAGAGCUUAUUCCUGAGAAGAAAGCAGCAUGUGAAGGGUAGCUCUGUGUCCUAGUCAUCUACCCCAUAAGGCGCGCAAACUGGAUUUCCAAAGAGGUCACCUCUAAAACCACACUGAGCUAGUGGUUUCAGCAUACAUUUGGUAGCAGCCGAAUAUCCCAUUUUCCUCAGGUGAUAUCCUUUUUUUUUCCAUGGAUAAAGAGAAUUCCACAUUUAUAUCUCAGGAGAUUUUCCUGGCAGUACUCACCACCUUCUCUGUUACUCAUUUGUCGCCCCUUUUCAGGUCAGAGGGGCUGGAAAAGGGCACUUGUUUUUCUAGAAGUAUUUACAGUGUGGUUUAUGGCACUAACUGCAUUUAGGUAAAUAAUGAAGAAAUUCUUACAUGCUACAUUAUUGAAAGUUGUGUUAAUAAGAUAAAGGCAUAAAAUGGAAUGAAAUUGGAUUGGCUGGAGUUGGAUGUAGUUCCAACUUGAAGUAGUACAAAGAAAAGUCUUAAAAACAUCUGCAAGAAUCAAAGACCCAAUAAUCUUGAACCAUAGAAUCAUUUCGGUUGGGAAAGACCCUGAAGAUAAUCAAAUCCAGCCAUCAACCUACCACAGCCAAGUCCACCACUAACCCACGGCUGUAAGCACAAUAUCCACGUCUCUUAAAUACCUCUGGGGAUGACAACUCCACCACAUUGUUGGGCAGCCUGUUCCAAUGCCUAACCACCCUUUCCAUUAACAAAUUCUUCCCGAUAUCAAAUCUCAACUUCCCCUUGCUGUUUCCUAGUGUUCUAUCACUUGUCACCCAAGAAGAGAGACCAACACCCUUCUUGCUGCAACUUAUUCCAGGUGUAGAGUGAUGAUGUCUCCCCUCAGCCUCCUCUUCUCCAAUGAAAACGUGACAAUUCCCUCGCAGGUCCUCUCUGAAUGCGUUGCAGCAACUCAGCGCCCUCCCCUAGUCAGGGCCCACAGCCGAACGCAGGACUCGAGGUGCAGCCUCACCAGUGCCGAGCCCAGAGGGAUGCCACCUCCCUCAGCCCGCUGCCACACUGCUUCUGGUACCAGCCAAGAUGCCACUGGCCUUCUUGGCCACCUGGGCACACCGCUGGCUCAUGUUUACCUGGCUGUCAGCCAGCACCCCAGGCCCUUUUCUUCCAGGUAACUUUCCAGCCCCUCUUUGCCAAGCCUACACCACUGCAAGGGGUUGUUAUGGCCCAAGCAUGGUGCCUGGCACCUAAAUAAGCCAUCUCUCUGCCAUCUUGUUCUUGUUAGAUUUUAAACAUGAUGUAAAACAAUUAAGUUUUUCUAUGAUUUUGAUGCAGUUUUUGCACAUGGUAGUUAGUGUUACUAUUUUCUACAGAAGCACACUAUAUCAGAGAUGUAUUUCAAGCUACUACCGACACCUUAGAAUAUCCAAUAGCUGCCUAAGCUCCUGUGUCAUGCUUAGCUAAGGCAUUUGUCAAAUGUGAUACUAAUUCAAAAUGAAGUUGCAAAUAAAUUGCUUAAUAUUAUAAAGCAAAUAAGACAGACCAAAUUAUAAAGCAGCACGUACUCCUGCAAUCAUUUGUCCAGUGACUGUACACAGAAAAUAAUUAGGUAAGUUACUCAUGUGGGAUCUAAUUAUAAAAUUAUAUGUAAAAGUGUAUAGCUGAAACUAUUCUUAAAACACUUAUAAGGGAACACCCUUGUUCUAGU